CCAACCCGCACUCAACUUCCUCAGACCAAAGCAGUAUCUACAUUUGGGGCUUUUUUGUCGAACGACCCCCUCAAGGCACUUUACAGAGAGCCCCCUCUACUCGCCCUGAAGGCCUGAACCCUAUCCCUCUCCCUCAUUCCUCUCUCUUCUCACAGCCGCCAAGCCCCUCCCCAAUCCUCUCUCUCUCUCUCUCUCUCUCUCUCUCUCUCUCUCUCUCUCUUCCUCCCACCUCCGCCGCACUUCCGUGCUCACCAUAAUGGUUCACCCACAUGACGCGGCGAGCGGUGCUUUGGUGGCGAGUGGCGACGCAAGUGCGAGAUUCGUCGUCCGCUAGCUUGCCUCCGAGGUCUCCACCUUUCGUCACCGCUCCCUCAAGCUGCCACCAUUUCUAGGAAAGGAGCCCAUCAUCUCAUGGAAAAGUGCUCCAAGGGGAGGGGUCGGUGGGCUCCUCCAUCCACUAUGUCACUAGGAGUCAGCGGUGCAGCGCAUGAGGCCUCCAUGUUGGGAGCAGCGGCGGCGGCGGCCAGGAACUCCAGGCCCCUCCACCUCCAAGGCGAGCAUGGUGGCCAUGGCUGCUCCAACAUGUUGUAUCUUCCACGAUGCACGCCUCACUGGAUCAAAGCAGACCCAACCGCUCUGCAGUCAGAUCCAGGAGAUCCAACCAUGUCUGUUGUAGAUCUAGCUACUCGUGCAGUGGAACGGGCCCAUCGUGCUGGUGGAGGCCAUGGGUUAGUUCGCCAACUCUCCGCCUCUCCGUCCAGCCUCCUGUUCCAGCUGCGAAGCAAGGGAAGGGGUAAGGCUACCGGUUCACUCUUUGGGUGAAGCCACCAAACAAGAUCGCCAGCAACCAAACACCCAUAAGUCGGCUACACUAGGCUAGCCAAGUAGAAUUACAUCAAACCAAACACUUCAACAUACAAACCAGGCCAGUGAGAGCCUAGCAACCAAACAACCCCGUCCUGGCUACCUGGGGGCAGGUUAGGGCUGGCCUGGCUACAUUGGGCUAUCCAGGCUACCUGGGGCUACAAACCAAACACACUCAUGAUGUCCUUUCAGUAAAUUCCCACUGAUACUUUAGCUGUUGAGUUAUGUAAUUUUAAAACAGACUCUUUACAGCUAUAUCAGAAAUUCGAAUAUUCAGAGUAGGUUAAUACCAAUUCACGAUGUUUUACUUUUACCCAUCACCAUGGUGGUGGUAGUGGUAAUUCUUGCCAGUUGCAAGGGACUCCCAAAUUUAGAGUAAAGCAAGUAGUGAUGGUCUUGAGUAAGUGUCUCCAUGAAAGUAACAGUGUGUGAAUGUAACUAAUAUAUUUGAUUUUGUCUUAAUUAUUAUCAAGGUUUUAAGAAUACUGAUAUUAGUAUUGUUUUUCAAGGAAUAGAUAUUGAGUAUAUUUUUGGCAGCACCUUUUCUUUAAAAGUUGCAAAAUGGCUGGGAUAUAGGUAUGGUUACAAACAUUAGCAUUGACCUCCAUUUAGUUGCACAACUUUGAUAUAAAGUUCUGAUUGGUUGAUUUUAGUUUGAUGUUUCUGCACCAAUAUUGAGUUAGCUGUGGUUGAUGACUUGAAGUCCUUUUGUGUCCAUUGUUGAUGUUUUACCAUGCAUCUUUAGCUGAUAAAUUAACUAAGGUUAACAUGGUUGAAUAAAAUGGGAAUGUCAUAGUUUCCUUGUUAUGUUGUACUCUGAUCCACUUCGUGUUUGAGUGUGUCUCUAACACCCUUUUCCAUUUAUAGAGCAGGCAAAGAUACCAAAUCAAUAGAGGACGGUUGCAUUCUUAAUCAAUGGUGUGGCUAAAUAGAAACAUAUGGGCGACUGAUAUGGACAUACAAACCAUGCUAUUUGCACUAUCAGUACAUUGAAGAUAUGUGAUUGCUUCAUAAUUUGUACUCUGCUUUGAUUGGUUCCAUAUGCCAAAUCUUAAUUAGAUGCCGAUGGCAAUGAUUGUAUAUAUAAAAUGAUUGUAUUUGAAUUUUAGUGUUACCAUCUAAUUAUAAAAGCAAUAGUCAUUGGACAUGGAUAA